AUGGCUAAGAUGGUGUUCAUCGUCUGGCUCCUCUCUGCCUCCAUAACCCUCCCUCCUCUCUUUGGAUGGGCCCAAAAUGUGACUGUGGACCGGACGUGUCUCAUAAGUCAAGACUUUGGCUAUACCGUCUACUCUACUGCAGUGGCCUUCUACAUCCCCAUGACCGUCAUGCUCAUAAUGUAUCAGAGGAUUUUUGUAGCAGCUAAAAUCAGUGCUGAGAAGCACAAAUUUGUGAACAUCCCCAGACUUAUGGAGCAGGAAGGCAUAUACAGUUUGGAGGAGAAAAUGGCUCCUAAAAAGAAUUCCAAAAAAAAGAAAGCAGUGGAAGAGUUUGCCACCUUGUCGAAGCUAAUACGUCAAGACAGAAAGAACAUUUCCAUCUUCAAGCGGGAACAGAAAGCUGCAAGGACUCUCGGAAUCAUUGUUGGGGCCUUCACGUUAUGCUGGCUCCCGUUUUUCCUGUUAUCUACAGCCCGGCCGUUCAUCUGUGGGAUUAGGUGCAGCUGCAUGCCGCUCAGGCUGGAGAGGACACUUCUGUGGUUGGGCUACACUAACUCGCUCAUAAACCCAUUGAUCUAUGCCUUCUUUAACAGGGAUUUAAGGACUACGUUCUGGAACUUGCUGAGGUGUAAAUACACCAAUAUCAAUCGGAGGCUGUCGGCUGCUAGCAUGCAUGAAGCUCUGAAAGUCACGGAGAGACAUGAGGGCAUCCUGUAA